AAAAUCUACUCUUUUCCAACAAAAAUCCAAGAUUUUGUGUCAUGAAUUUACAUUAGAUCCAUGAAAUAUGGCAACAUCGACGACCGCCAUUGUUAAAUCCAUAACCAAGCUCCGUCGGAGCCAUUGGGAAGUCUUUUACUGCUCUUCCUCUGCAGUUCAAUCUCAAUCUCGGUCUCAGUUGACAUCUUCUUCUCAAUCUCCUCAGCAAGAAAAUCGGUCUAGAUGGUCAAAAUGGUUGCUUUUUCUUCCUGGAGCUAUGACUUUUGGUCUUGGCACUUGGCAGAUAUUCAGAAGGCAAGAAAAGAUAAAGAUGUUAGAAUACAGACAGAAGAGAUUGGAUUUGGAACCAUUAAGAUGGAACAGUGUGUUUCAACCAAGCGAAGGAUUGGAUUCUUUGGAGUUUAGAAAGGUCAUAUGCAGAGGACAAUUUGACGAGGAAAGAUCAAUCUAUAUCGGUCCCCGUUCAAGAAGCAUUUCUGGUGUGACAGAAAAUGGCUACUAUGUCAUUACACCCCUUCUGCCAAUACCCAACUGCCCUGACAGCGUGCAAUCACCAAUUCUAGUUAAUAGAGGAUGGGUUCCGCGCAGUUGGAAAGAAAAGUUCUUAGAAGUCUCCCAUGGCGGUGAUCAACAAUCAAAACAAGAAACCCAGGACAUUCAAGAGGAUGAAAGAAGCUCAUGGUGGAGGUUAUGGACAACAAAGCCUAAAAAAGUUCAGGAUCAUGCUCCUGCCAUUCCUUCUGUUGAAGUCAUUGGAAUAGUUCGUGAGAGUGAAAAGCCAAGCAUAUUUGUUCCAGCAAAUGAACCAACAACCAAUCAGUGGUUCUAUGUUGAUGUUCCUGCAAUCGCUCGUACAUGUGGACUCCCUGAGAAUACUGUUUACAUUGAAGAUAUCAAUGAAAAUGUUAAUCCAAGUAACCCUUACCCUUUACCGAAGGAUGUGAAUACCUUGAUUCGAAGUUCAGUUAUGCCUCAGGAUCAUUUAAACUAUACAUUUACAUGGUAUUCGUUAUCGGCUGCAGUUACAUUUAUGGCUUUCAAGAGAGUAAGACCCCAAAAGAGCUGGAGAUAGCAAAUUAUUCCUGGAGAUUUUUCAUGAAGAAAGAGCUAUUGGGAAUUAUGGAGAGUGAAAGACCUGAAGGUCAAAGAAAAAGGUGUACUACAUUCGAACUUUUAUGCGGCUUGUUUAAAAGUUUGCAGAUACGAGAAGCUCCAAAUAAACCAAUUAUAAGAUUUCACUACAAUAUAUGAACACUUGUACCUCUUUCCAAGAAUUCGUGGAAAGAGGUAAUUUCUAGGAAGGGGAUGAGGCUUAUUGUCAUUGCCCCUCGUCUCCUUCCAUUCCAUUGUCUUUUCUUCUCAGCAAUGAUAAAGAUGGCAUUGCAUUUUUUCUUGUGCUAAUAAUGAUGGCAGCGGAUUUUGUCUCUUUUUUGUAAAAUAUAUCGGAAUGCAUUCCGUUGUAUACUAGGUUUUGUUUAUGCAUUUAAAUUAAGAUUGACAUGCUCUAGGUUAGAUUUGAUGUAUUUAGACUUUUAAUGAUUAAUAAAUGUUUGAUCAAUCGAACCAUUAACCAAA